CAAAUAUAUAUUUUUUUUCAAAGAAAGUAGCUCUAAAAACUUGAAGGAAUUAUUAUUAAGCAGAGUUGCAGCUAGCCGAAAGGAAAAAUCCAACCUCUCAUUCUCCAUUUUUACUCAAGGAUCUAUUGAGUUGGGCCUCUUUGAUCAAUGCAAAAGUACAUAGAGUGGCCAGGUUUCAGGCCACAACUAAUCCAAAUCCAUUUGAUUAGACCAGCCUAACUUUCAUGUCAAACCCCACCUUAAACGCCAAAACAGUGAAACCCAGUAUGGCAAAUCCUUCAGCUUCAAACCUUUUCGCCUUUCAGCUCUUCGUCGAAUAAUCCCUAGGCAUUGGCGGCGAUGGAUUCCUUCCCCAUCUCCAUCGCCCGCCCAUGAACAAACGGAAACCGUUCCUUUUCUCUCUCUUAAAUAUUCCCCCAAAACCACUCUUCUGUAACCCCUUCUCGCUCAUGGCCCUGAACCAAACCCAAACCCAAACCCAAACCCGAACCACCCACCCGGAUCUACCCCCCAACGACGAGCUCCUUUGCUCCAAUCCACAACAGAACCAAGACGAACAGUCUUGCUCUUCUCUUAGCGAUACGCCGCCGUCACAGAUAGGUUGUCCGGGGAAGUACUUAAGCGGGGAGUCACGAGUUGAGAGGGCAUGGGCUCAUUGGACCAAGCUUGGGCGGCCGAAGUUAAUCGUGGCACCGAUGGUUGACAACUCAGAGCUUCCAUUUCGAAUGCUCUGUAGAAAAUACGGAGCCGAGGCUGCGUAUACGCCCAUGUUACAUUCACGUAUUUUUACGGAGAAUGAAAAGUACCGUAACCAAGAAUUUACUACUUGCAAGGAGGAUCGUCCAUUAUUUGUUCAAUUUUGUGCAAAUGACCCUGAUGUCUUGCUUGAAGCUGCAAGGAGAGUCGAACCUUAUUGUGAUUAUGUCGACAUUAAUUUGGGGUGUCCUCAGCGAAUUGCUAGACGAGGGAAUUAUGGAGCUUUCUUGAUGGAUAACCUUCCUCUAGUGAAGUCUUUAGUGGAAAAACUGGCUUUGAAUCUUAGUGUGCCGGUUUCUUGCAAAAUCAGGGUAUUUCCUAAUUUACAGGAUACACUCAAAUAUGCAAAGAUGCUUGAGGAUGCUGGUUGCUCUCUUUUAGCUGUUCAUGGCCGAACAAGAGAUGAGAAAGAUGGGAAGAAGUUUCGAGCUGAUUGGAAUGCCAUUAAGGCUGUUAAAAAUGCGCUUAGAAUCCCAGUUCUUGCCAAUGGGAACAUUAGGCAUAUUGAUGAUGUUCGGAAUUGUCUGGAAGAGACAGAGGCUGAUGGGGUGCUUUCAGCCGAGUCUCUUCUUGAGAAUCCUGCUCUUUUUGCUGGAUUCCGAACUGCUGACUGGGUAGCUGAUGAUGAGAAGGAGAAUUUAGAUGGAAAACUAGACCAGGCGGAUCUGCUUUUGGAGUAUUUGAAGCUCUGUGAAAGAUACCCUGUCCCAUGGCGGAUGAUCCGAGCUCACGUGCACAAAAUGCUAGGAGACUGGUUUCGGAUUCAGCCACAUGUUAGAGAGGAUCUAAAUGCACAGUCCAGACUAACAUUUGAAUUUCUUUACAGUCUAGUGGAUCGCUUACGGGAGUUGGGUGUAAGAAUUCCACUUUAUCAAAAGGAUACUUAAGCAGCCAGAAGCUCAGCUGAGGGUGUGGCCAUUUGAUCCUGACUCAAGUUAAUUGAGUUGUAGAUGCCUAGAAUAUGGCGAAAAUCAGAUUCUGUUUUCAGGUUUAUUGCCAACUCUACAAUUUGAUUUGUUAUUCUUUCUUCAUUCAAACAAUUUAGUCUUCAACCUAUCAAAGUUGACUGGCCAAAAAAAACCUAUCAAGGUCAUGUACAACUAAUUAGUGGCGAA